CUGGAAAGAGAAUCAAGAGCCAAGGCCCACAUGCAGAGUGCUCAGAAGAGAGGCACGAAUGGCACACCGAGGAACGCUGCCACUGGUGAUGUCUUUGGAGUUCUGGACGGACUGGUUGGCACUCCAUCUCGAGGCCCCGUCAUGAAGAGAAGAAACGACUUUGGUACCCCUUCCGCCAAAUCAUCCAAGCUCAACAACACCAGCUCCCCAGCAGGUGACAAGACUCCCACUCUCGGUGCUACACACGAAGCCCCUCAGCUAGGUGCUAUUCCCUUCGCCGAACGUCAAAAUGCUGGCCAGAUUGUCGAACAACUAAACGGCCACAUCGAACUUCCUACUGCUCCCUCAUCCGCGCCUGUCGAGCCCCGCGUCAAGCUAAAGGCGAACACCGACAUGGGAAAGUUUGGCUAUCGACCCAUGGCUAUGAAGCUCUCAGAAGCCUCCGAAUUCCUUGACGAGCGUAUCGAUGAGUUUGUCGAUAUUGUACAGAAACACCAUCAAUUGGAAUAUUCUGCCUUUGGCAACCCAGCCGCUAUGAGUCCUGCCCAGAUUGUAGCUGUCGGACGUAUUGCCUCGGACACAAGCGAGGGAAGGAUGAACGCAGCUUCCAUGGUGUUGGAAACAAGUCGUCGUAUGGGAGCUGGUCUGCGUGUACCGCUACGUAUGGAAAAGGGAGCAUACGACUUCUUUCCUGGCAAGAUUGUGGCUGUUCGCGGUAACAAUCCCUCGGGUGAGUACUUUAGCGUCACUGAGGUUCUCUCUGUGCCAUCGCUUCUACUGCCUGCCACGGCACCCACUGGUAUCGACGUACACAACGAACGUCUGCAAAGUGAUGAUGGUACAGAAACUCGCCCCCUGAACAUCCUCAUUGGUGCCGGGCCAUACACUAUAGACAGUGAUCUGUCGUUUGACAGCUUACACGAACUCUGCUCUCAAGCCGCGGAAACAAAAGUUGAUCUUCUCAUCCUCAGCGGCCCCUUCAUCGACAUCGAACACCCCAAAGUUGCCAGCGGCGACUUCUCAUUACCUCCCGACAGCAAGAUCGACUCUUCAACUGCAACCCUCACAGAUGUCUUCCGCGCAUUCAUCUCACAACCACUAUCUCGCCUUGCGCAAACACUACCCGGCAUCACAAUCAUCCUCGUACCAUCAGUCCGUGAUGCCGUCUCCAAACACAUCAGUUGGCCGCAAGAUCGUCUCAACCGCAAAGAACUCGGUCUUCCCAGGCAGGCGACUUGCGUCACAAACCCCAUGACAGUAUCAUGCAACGAUUUUAUGACAGCGGUCAGCAGUCAGGACGUGCUCUUCGAGAUGCAAAGGCAGCGUGUGGUUAGUGGCCUCAACAGCGACGCUCUAGCAUCUCUGGCCAGAAACCUCCUCACCCAACGCCAUUAUUUCCCAGUAUUCCCUCCGCUGCCCAGAGACGAAAAGGCAUUGACUGUGGGAGCUAGUCUGGACGUGGCAUAUCUGAAAUUGGGCGAGAUUCUGAACGUCAGCCCUGAUCUUCUCAUUUUGCCGAGCGUGUUGACACCCUUUGUCAAGGUUGUAGACGGUGUGCUGGUGGUAAAUCCUGGAACCGCCAGUAAGAAGAGAGGUGCAGGUACAUAUGCAAGAUUGAUAGUAGGCCCUAGAGAGUUGACAGAAGAUGAGAGGGAAAAGGAUGAAGAGGUCGAUCAUCAAUUGUUCAACAGAGCGAGAUGCGAUAUCAUCAGGAUAUAGA